AUGUUUGCGCAGAUUGGAGCCACAGUCAUCUGUCUCGUUAUUUCCAGCCAAGCGUUCCAAUCAAAUGCCAUUAGCAACUUGAAUCAUGUUUUGGCAGGCCAGGGAUUCAGUCAAUCAGAAAUUCAAAGUGCUGUUGCUGGAUCCCAAAGCACGCUGUUUGAGAAGCUCGGCGUUGACUUACGGACUGCAGCUAUUGAAGCAAUCGCCUCCGCGAUGGCAAGGGCCUUUAUCAUUCCACUUGUAGCUGGCGCGUUAGGGCUUGUUUGCUCUCUAUUGAUGAGCCGGGGGAGAUUAAAUGAUGGCUUAAAGUUCAAACUGAACAAGAUUGUAUGGCUUUCUUGGAGUAUGAUGGUUAUCGUCUAG